AUGAUCCCCACUCGUGCUCUUAUGUCCUCUGCUGCCAAGGCCGGCAAGAAGGAAAGUGCCAUCCCUGUUGAAGUCUACCCCCUCCUCGUUGCUUGCGGCUUGGUUGUUGUUGGUGCCUCCUACAGCUUCUACCGCAAGCUUGCCUUUGGUGACCUGAGACUGUCCCGUACUGGCAAGUCUGCUCACGAUGAGGGUGAGGGCCCACCACCAACUCGCACCCGCAAUGCUCGUCCACGAACUUCUGCUCCAUCCAUGUUGUCUGCUGCAGCUGCUGCAUCUUCUCGAGCCUCGUAUACUAUCGUGGCCUUGGUAGCUGAGUAUGUGUGUGGAAUAGACCUUACUGUAGAUGCUGCUCCUGCUGCUCCUGCUGCUCCUGCUGCUCCUGCUGCUCCUGCUGCUCCUGCUGCUCCUGCUGGUUUUUCAGUCGCAGCUACAGAGGCAAUGGGACCAAAUGGCAAAAACAGUGAGUACAAUGCAUCGGUUGGUAAAUCUUCAGGGAGGUUUUCUAGGCAAAUUAAUUAG